UCGCAGUUCAGCUUUCAUUACAGAGAAUCAACUCAGGCCUUUGACACACUUCCCUCUGCGCUGGGAAAGCAAGCAUUUCUGGUUAGUGUUGGAAAAAUGCAAACAUGGAUAACCUAUGGAGUCGUGAGCAAAUGGUUCACCUCUUUGAAAUGUAUGAGAAGGAGCUGAACAUUCUUUGUGGUGAAAACGAAGAACUCCACCAUCAAAAUGCAGAAAUAAGAGUCCACUUCAGGAAGAAGCUUGAAGCGGAGAGGAAGAAGAACAUGGCUCUGAGUCAAGAAAUUGACAAACUUAAAGAGCUCCAGGAUGCAGAGCCCAACAAAGCCAUUGGUCAACUGAUUCGCCAGCUCCAGGUAGAAACUAAUCUGCGGCUGAAUGUGGAGGCCAAAGCUGAACGGGCUGUUCAAAUCGCAGCCCAUUUUAUGCACAAACUGGAAGAAAUCCAUAAUGUCUGUCAAAAAUGUCCAGCCUCAAUCCAGAUUCCCAGUGCAAAUCUCAAAAGAGGAGUGGAUGACAUCAGUGGAGAACUGCUGGAGUUGAAGCUGAUGCUUCGGAAUGAAAAAGAACCGAGAGCUCACAAAGGCACCCACGGGCCUGCGGUCUUUACGCACAUAAAGGUUUCAUCUGAGGUCCUGAACCACAUCGGUGAAGAAAAGCCCAACAGCUACAUGGAGCUGAGGAAAGAAAGGGACAAACUGCUGCAGGAGAUCCUGGCGCUGCAUCAACGGGUAUCUAACCUGAGGGAUGAGAUUGAGUGGAACGGCCUGAGAGAAUUCGAGAUUCUGGAAAUGCUCUGUCGGGAAAUAUCAGGGUUGGAAAUGUUGGAGAAGCAGCAUCUUUGCCAGGACAUGUCUUGUGACGAGGACAGGGCGAAGGCAGAGGCAAUGAAGUUUGCAGAGUCCUUGUGAAUGCAAUGUGUGCUUAGAGCAGUAAGCUGUUGUCUGCCAGCCUGGAGCAAAUAGAAGAGCAAACCACUGACUCAUGAAGAAGCUGAGAUUUCUGAACUCUAAUAGAUAACCUUCCAUUGUCUGCCUGUACUCAAUAUUUCUCUGGUCAUAAAAUAAAACUAUCAAUCUGUGUUGUGAA